AACGGCCGCUUUGUUGAUCCCUGGCAAGAGUUUCGACUCCCUUCCUUAAGCGAUGCAUGGCAAAUUCUAUUUAAUGAAAAAGAUGAGAGUAAUAUUCCUUCUAAACAGGUCGUCUUAGAUUCAAUCUUACCGAUCGUUACACCAGAUCAUAAUCUAUUAGCAAGUCCCCCAGUUGAUAAGAUUACUACCACUUGGAUAGGUCAUUCAACAUUGCUAACCCAAUUUGAAGAUUUAUCUAUCCUAACUGAUCCAAUCUUCAGCGAUAGAUGUUCGCCUUCACAAUUAUUUGGACCUAAGCGAUAUCGAAGUGCACCAUGCAAAAUAAAUGAAUUACCACCAAUUGAUGCUGUAUGCAUCAGUCAUAACCACUACGACCACUUAGAUUAUAAUUCAGUUGUUGAACUUAACCGACGUUUUCAUGAUCAGUUGGCUUGGUUUAUCCCAAAAGGUUUAAAGAAAUGGUUUCAAGAGUGUCAUUGUAAUAAUAUCAUAGAACUUGACUGGUGGGAAGAAUGCAAUCAUCCAUUUCAUAAGAAAUUUAAAUUUAUUUUCGUUCCAAGUCGACAUUGGUCUAAAAGAUCGCUAUUUGAUACUUGUGGAUCUUUAUGGGGAGGAUGGAUAGUUACUGGAUCUAAUCAUAAUUUUUACUUUGUGGGUGAUACUGGAUAUUCUGAUAUCUUUCAAUUAAUUGGCCAUUCCUACGGUCCUUUCGACCUUGCUGCAAUUCCUAUCGGCUGCUAUUUACCAAGGAUCUUAAUGAAGAAUCAGCACGUAAAUACUGAAGAAGCUGUACAGAUCCAUCAUGAUAUUAAAUCAAAGAAUUCUUUGGGAAUUCAUUGGGGUACAUUUCAACUUAGUUACGAACAUUAUCUAGAUCCUCUACAUGAGCUAAAACGUCUAACAGCGCAAGAGUCAAUGUCUGGCUCUGAUUUUUUUGUAUUGCACCAUGGAGAAAGCAAGAUUAUUUCUUGA